UUAGCCCAGCGCCCAUCUCUCUAUUUUUGGCGGGGGUUUCUGGCUUCACUUGUUAGCGUCUCUUCUGCGCGCACACAGAGGAGGAGGAGGGACACAGAAAAUGGCGGACGGUGUUGACCACAUCGAUAUUUACGCUGAUGUUGAAGAGGACUUUAAUCAGGAACCCGAUUAUCCUGUUCAUGAGCAGAUUGACCUGUAUGAUGAUGUAAUCUCACCAUCUGCCAAUAAUGGGGACGCACCUGAAGAUCGAGAUUACCUGGAUGCCCUACCUGCACCUGGAGGUGCUGAGGGUACAAAAGGGGCCCCGCCAAAUGUCGUCUACACUUACACUGGCAAAAGAAUUGCUCUGUACAUAGGCAACCUCACAUGGUGGACCACUGAUGAGGAUUUGACAGAUGCUAUUCGUUCGAUAGGCAUAAAUGAUGUGCUGGAGAUCAAGUUUUUUGAGAACAGAGCAAAUGGGCAGUCGAAAGGAUUUGCCCUGGUCUGCGUGGGUUCAGAUGCCUCGUCCAGGAAGCUAAUGGAUUUGUUGUCAAAGCGCGAACUGCACGGACAAAACCCGCUCGUCACCCCAUGCAACAAGCAGUCGCUCAGCCAGUUUGAGAUGCAGUCGCGAAAAAGUGAGCAAGGUACACAGUCUGGGCAGAUGUCUGGAGAGGGUAAAGCUGGGCCCCCAGGUGGGGGGCUGCGUGCUGGCUUUCCCCCCGGCAGGGGGGGUCGAGGGCGCUUUCCAGGCCCACCUGGAGGUGGAGGUGAUCGUUUUCCUGGGCCAAUUGGUCCUGGUGGGCCGCCUCCACACUUCCCAGGCAUGCAAGGACCACCCCGUCCUCCCUCUGGCCCUCCUGGGCCACCAGGACCCCCUGGGCCUCCACCACACGGACAAGGGCUGAUGCCCCCUCUCGGUGGACCUCCUAACCGAGGUGACCGUCCCCCUCCACCAGUCAUGUUUCCUGGUCAGUUUGGUCAACCUCCAAUGGGUCCUAUGCCACCUGGGCCACCCCCACCAGGCUAUUGCCCGCCACCAGGACCACCUCCCCCUCAACAGGGGCCACCGCCUCCUGGACCAUUUCCUCCCCGUCCUCCUGGACCCUUAGGACCCCCUCUUGGCCUCGCCCCCCCACCUCACAUGCAGGGACCUCCACCUGGAGGUCCACCACCUGCUCCUCACGUCAACCCGGCCUUCUUUCCUCCACCUGGAAACAACAACAUGCCAUCGUCUGACAGCAGAGGGCCUCCACCUGGAGACCCGUACGGCCGCCCACCAUAUGACAGAGACUAUGGCCCUGGUGGCAGGGAUAUGGAUGCAGCUCGUACUCCCCUGAGCGAAGCAGAGUUUGAGGAAAUCAUGAAUCGAAACAGAGCGAUCUCCAGCAGUGCCAUUUCUAGGGCCGUAUCGGAUGCCAGCGCAGCUGAUUACGGCAGUGCUAUAGAGACUCUGGUGACGGCCAUUUCUUUGAUCAAGCAAUCGAAGGUUUCUGCUGAUGACCGCUGCAAGGUUCUCAUCAGCUCGCUACAGGACUGCUUGCAUGGAAUUGAGUCCAAAUCCUAUGGAUCGGUUUCAAGUAGGCGGGAAAGGUCGAGGGAGAGAGACCACAGUCGCUCUCGUGAGAAGAGCCGCCGUCACAAGUCUCGCAGCCGUGACCGUCAUGAGGACUAUUACAGGGAGCGCAGUCGGGAGAGGGACCGCCAUCGUGAGCGCGACCGUGAGAGAGACCGAGAGCGUGAGCGGGAAUAUCGCCACCGUUAGUUGGAGAGGAAGCUGAACGCAAGAGGAGGAGCAGUGACGCCAGGAGCGACGCAGAUUCAUCCGACAGCGCCCCAUCAUCACGGAGACUCCAGGCCGGACUCCGGAUAAACUCUGCAACGCUAAAGUUGUGUAAAAUAUUCUAUACUCUUAAUUCCCAACAGCUUUUUAUUUUUUACCUUUUAUUUGAAAGUAGUUGUGUGCAAGUAAGUUCAGCUAUACGAUGAAAGAUUCGCUUGCCUGCUCUAUUCUAAAUACACAAAACAACUUUCAGGCUCUACUAUAAUGUGUAAAUUGUCAGUUAGCUAGAUUUGUUUUUAUAGGCAUUUUUGUUUUUCUCUUUUUCACCUUGUCCAUGUUUGUGUCUUCUGCAUUGAUUAUUAAAUAGAUUGUGUUGUAAUAAAGUGUGCAUUGGG